GGUACUUCACACUGACGCUCUGCAGGAAGACUUCACAGACCUGUUGAGGGUCAUAGAAGUGUAGUACUGUAAGGGAUUUCAGUAGGUCAUCUAGUCCAGUCCCUUGCACUCAAGGCAGGACUACAUAAUAACUAGACCACUCCUGACAGGUGUUUGUCUAACCGGUUCUUAAAAACCUCCAGUCACUGAGAUUCCACAGCCUCCCAAGGCAAUUUGUUCCAGUGCUUAACCACCCUGACAGUUUGGAAGUUUUUCCUAAUGUCCAACCUAAACUGUCCUUGCUGCAAUUUAAGCCCAUUGCUUCUUGUCCUGUCCUCAGAGGUUAAGGAGAACAAUUUUUCACUUUCCUCCUUGUGACAGCCUUUUAUGUACUGGCAGUGAUGCUGGAACACUUUUUGUAGUGGGAGUGCUGGAAGCCAGCUAAGGAAACUGUAAAGAAGUGGUCCCCAAAUGUUUUACCUCGCACCCCCCUUACGCCUGUCUGUGCUCCCCCACCUCCCAGAGCCAGGGCUCUGGGAGGGGGACACGGACAGGGGUAAGGGGGCCAGGAGCUGGGGCUGGAAGCAGAGCUGCGGGUGCGGGGCCAGCUGCUGGGACCCAAUGUGGGGCCAGGAGUGGAGCCCUGGGCAUGGGCUGGAGGUGCUGCAGCACCCCCUACACUCCUACUUCCCACACCUAUGUGUAGCAGAAAACUGUUAUCAUGUCCCCCCUCAGUCUUCUCUUUUCCAAACUAAACAAGCCCAGUUUUUUCAGUCUUUCCUCACAGGUCAUGUUUUGUAGACCUUCAAUCAUUUUUGUUGCUCUCCUCUGGACUUUCUCCCAUUUGUCUUCAUCUUUGUCUUCAUCCAGACCUGGACACAGUACUUCAAUUGAGGCCUUAUCAGCUUGGAGUAGAGUGGAAGAAUUACUUCUCAUGUCUUGCUUCUCGUGUCAUGGGAUACUAUGUGAUAAUAUUAAGUAUAGAUGUGUUAGUAUGAUUAGUUUUUAUGCAAUACACUAGAACCUCAGAGUUAUGAACUGACCAGUCAACAAUACACCUCAUUUGGAACUGGAAGUAUGCAAUCAAGCAGCAGCAGAAACAAAAUUUUUAAAAAACCCGAAAUACAUUACAGUACUGUGUUAAACAUAAACUACUAAAAAAUAAAGGGAAAGUUUAAUAACAAGAUUUGACAAGGUAAGGAAACUGUUUCUGUGUUUGUUUCAUUUAAAGUAAAAGGGUUAGAAAGCUGCAUUUUUCUUCUGUAUAGUAAAGUCUCAAAGAUGUAUUAAGACAAUGUUCAGCUGUCAACUUUUGAAAGAACCACUGUAACGUUUUGUUCAGUUACAAACAUUUCAGAGUUAUAAACGACCUCCAUUCCUGAGGUGUUGGUAACUCUGAGGUUCUACUGUAUCUCCUUGAUGUGCAUUAUUAUUUAUUGAUAUAGCACUAUCAAUAUGCAUGGCACUUUACAGAUAAGUAAAAUACCAUGGGCUCUGUAAUAAUCCCAUUCAGGGCCAGUUUCUGAUCCCCCUUAUCUGCAUUAAAUUGCAUGUUUCAGUAUGAUUACGUGUGAGUAAGGGAAUCAGCAUCUGGCCAUAAACUAGUAGUAGUUUUAUCACCGACUUCAGUAAGAGCAGAAGCAGACCAAUGUUGCUGAAGGGCUCACAGCAUAGGGGCCUGAACUUGCAAAUGCGUGCUCACAACAGUAGUCUCGUUGACUCCAUUGGGACUACUCAUCAAGAAGUCCAAGAAAAGGCCUCUCUUUUUCUUAUGCAGUUGGACUUAACUGGCGCAGUUCCCAGCAUUUUGGUUGCCAUUGUCCUUGUAGCUGAUGGGGAUCGUCAUGGACGCAAAAAAUCUUUAGUUCUGCCUUCAGUGGGAGCUUUUAUAUCCAAUGCUUUCCUCGGUGCAUUCUCGUAUUUCUCCCUAUCCCUCUCUAUUUUCUUUGCAGUUGUAUUUUUUGGUUCACUGUUUGGAAGCAUGGCAACUUUCCUCGGAGGAGCCUUUGCCUUUAUAGCUGACCUAUGUAAUGAAGAGAAGCAGAAAACGAUACGUAUAGCUGUGGUCGAUUUGAUUUUUGGACUUGUAUCUGGAUUAGCAGGACUGACUUCCGGCUACUUCAUAAGAGGAUUAGGCUUUCCCUGGACAUUUGUGGUUGCUUCUCUGCUUCACUUUAUUAAUAUUUUCUAUAUUACAUUUUGGCUGGAGGAUACAGUACGUGUACCUGAAUUCCAGCAACAUGCAUUAGUAUCUUGUACUGAAGGCCUUAAAGAAACAUUUUCUGGAGUGUACAUGCUUUUUAAAACUUCCACUUAUAAAAAACGAACUUUAAUCAUUGUAUUGCUUUUUACAUUCAUGAUGUAUUUUUUUACCUUGAUUGGUGGGAGUUCUCUUUUUACAUUGUAUGAACUGGACGAACCUCUCUGCUGGAAUGAACUCUACAUAGGAUAUGGAGCAGCUGCAUUCACUUCUGUUUCUCUGACCAGUUUUUUAGGAAUAUACUUUUUUUCACAUUGUCUCAGGGACAUCUAUAUUGUCUUCAUUGGGAUAUUUUCUUACAUUGGAGGAAUGGUCAUGGCUGCCUUUGCCAAAACUACACUGCUCAUGUUUUUAAUGAGAGUGCCCUCUCUCCUAUGUUUUAUGCCCAUUCCAGUUCUACGGUCCAUGAUGUCAAAAGUGGUUCUGACUAGUGAACAAGGUGCCAUGUUUGCUUGCAUUGCCUGCUUGGAAGUUAUGACUGCUGCCAUUUCACUCACAGUUUUUAAUAGUCUCUAUGCAGCCACUGUAGCUUGGUUUCCAGGCUUUAGUUUCCUCUUAUCAGCUGGUCUUUGUAUAAUUCCCCUGGGCAUCUUGUGCUGGCUUAUGUGCACCCGUUGGCAUGAGGAGGACUUGGCAUCACUUGUAUAUGAAGAACAAUCCAGUGAAGAGAGUAUUGAGAGUUGAACGAAGAAUUUAACUACCUUGGUUUUCUAGUCUGUUGUGCAUGAUACAACCUGUUACAUACACGCUGAUAGGGGAAUGGGUGUGACAGUUGUAGAUGAAAUCUGGACAGUAGCCCUGUAAGUUACCAUAAAACUGUUAGCAUUUCCAGUCUUUCUAUUUUAUGCUAGAAUGAGUUUAAUCCUUAUACUUAACUAUGCAAAUAGGGUGAGAGUGGAGGGUCCUUAUCAGUUUUUAAAGUAUAGCAAAAAUGUUUGAUUUAUGAAUAAGAAUUUAGAAUGACUUAUUUUUUUUACAUGCUGUGCUCUUGGAUUUACAAAUAAUAUCUCUUUCAGAAUUAAGAGAAAAUAAGUGAAAGCCAUAUUUUGUUGUGUCUCAGGUUUGAAAAUGAUUUUAAGUGAGGCAUAUGAUGCAGCUGUGUGAUCUAUACUUGUGUGACAAUGAUAGUUUGCCAGAUUAUCAGCUUGUAUAAAUCACUGUAGUUCUGUUGAAGCCAAUGGAGUUAUGCCAGUUUGCACCAGCUGAGGAUCUGGCCUAUAGUGUGCAUCUCAAAGGACUUUUGUGUUACUGUGGGGCCUGUAGGACAGUCAAAAAUGAGCAAACUAUGUGUGUUCUCUUCCAAAAGGCAAAACUGGGAAAAUUCUGGCAUAUACUGUAAAUUAAACCAUUUUUCUGCAGGUUUAAUUUAUAUGUGAAACAUUUGUGAGUGUGGAACUCACCUGUAACUUUGUUCUCAAGAUGGGUUUUCCCUCUAAUGUUGUAAUGUGAAUAACCUGUGCCAAUGAGAAACCAGCAUGGACUCUUUCCAAUGCAUUCCUUCUCAUGGCAGCUAGAUGCACUCAUUCCAUUGGUGGGAUCUGUGAUAUCGACAUUUGGCCAGUUGGAACUAGUUUGAGGUUAACUCAUUUCAUACACAACAUCAACCAGCUGCAAUAUUGUGGUAACUUUUGCUCAUUGCCUUCAAUUUACACUCUAAUCUCUAGUCGUAUUCCUACAAUCAUUGGAUGGACAUGGACAAAGUCUCACUCAUGAGUAAGUUAUUAAUUUUAUAUAGAAACUGUUGUGCCAGAACAGACUCAUAGUCUAUCCACUCCUUGUCCUGCAUGUGGCAGUAACCACAGUGAGAAGGGAUAUCUGUUCCUGACCCUAGCUAGCGACUGGUCUAUGCUGUGAAGUAGAAGGGAUUUUUUUCUUAGUUAUUUUAACUGCAGAUGUUCUUCUACAGAGCCAGAUCCUGGUCCAUUUAAGUAACUGAGAGUUUUGCCAUUGAUUUCAACAGGACCAAGGUCUAGCCCUAAAUGUUUAAGCCUUUUAAAUAAUCUGUUAAAUAAUUUGUUUCAAUAAUAUUCUAGGCUAAUUAUAGAGGCUGUGAUUCUGCAAAGACUUAAGCACAUGCAUUUUCAGCACUUCAAAUAUUACUUGCAUUGUGUAAACUCAAGUAUGUGCAUAAGCCAGAUUGUAUAAAAGGUUUUUGUUGUUUUUUUUUAAACCAGUUCUAAAUAUGCUGCCUUUUAACUUCAUCGUGUCCUUCCCCCCCCCCCCCAUUAUGGGGCAAGAUAUAUAUACCAUUCAUUUACCUACAUCAUAGCUCCAUUUAAAUCAUUGUAGCAUCUUUAAGAGCUCCUCUCUUGAAAGACCAUAAGAUCUUUCUCUUCUGUGGAUCUUUUUUUAUUUCUUUUAUAACCUUGGUGAAGUGACUAAAUCUGAUCCACACAUCUAAUUGUUUUGCACUGAAUGCACUCUAAUUGUAAUUAGAACUUAUAUAGCACUUUUCAUCUUCAAGGCACUUUACAAUUAUUUAAGUAAUGAAUUCUCACCCUCUGGGGUAGAUAUUAUCAUCCCUGUUUAUGAGAUGAGGAAACAGAGAGGUUAAGUGACUUAUCCAGGGCCACAGAGCAAGUUAGCACCAGAACUGGAAUUCAGAAGGAAUUCCUGGCUCGUUGGUCUUGCAGUAUGAUAGCUUUAUGCGCAAGUCAGGCAGGCAAUUGCAUUAUAUAACGCACAACUCUGCCCUUCCCUUCUCACCCUGUUUUUUAAAAAAACCCAUAGAUAAUUAUUAAGCAGAGAUUUGGUACAGUAAUUAGAAUAAAGUAAAUUGGUUGGAGUUCACUUUAGCCUCCAUAUUAGGAAGGAUGUUAUUUUAGGAAAUCAACUGUGAAAUGUGAACUAACUGUAUAUGCACAUACACUUUAAACAGCAAAAGGACAGAAUUCGGGUAAGAGAAACCUCUUUGUUACCAUAUAGGAGAGACAGACGACAGACCACAAAUCUGCACAACUCAAAUGACCUUCCUCUCUUCUUUCAAAUUCACUUUAAGAACACCCUACUUGGCUUUAGCAAAGCCUUUCAGAGGUAAUCCACCAAAAAUAUUGGCACCAUAUCAAGAUUGGUGCUAAAAAAGGUGUAUAUUAUGUGUAUGAUCUAGACUGCAGACUCUUCAGGACAAGGACUUUUUGCCUUCCUUUACUUUUGUACAACUCCAAGUACACUGGUGAUGCUCACUAAAUAGAGAGCAUAAGUUCACAGGAGAGUCUAAGGACUCUUAAACACAAACUGAAAAAAGCACUUGAGUUGUAAACAACUUUUUGCUUUUAACAAAAGCAAGGACAUUUUUUCCAUAAGAGUGCUGUGAUGAUUUUUUAGGCUCUUCAUAUAGACCACACACAAUUCUGAUCUGCCUACUCUGCUCAUACAGGUUAUAUAAUAUUUUCUGGUGUUAACUAUGUAGAGUGAAGCUGCUGUGUAGAAGUUAAUAGCUCCUGAAAAAUGUAGUGAUUCAAAAAAGAGGAACGAUACCUUCAUUCAUUUCCCAUUCUUUAUGGAGGUUCUGUCAUUGUCCCUGGCAAUCUGAAAAACCUAGUUCUACAAUGGGACAUUCCAUUGGCCCAAAUGAGAAUUUUCACACACGAUCAUAUUACAUGGGUGGGAGAAUGCAACAUUUUAUGUCAAUUUUGCAGCACACAAUGUAUAAAACCAUGUUUUGUGGACUUGUCUAUAUGGAGAUGCAAAAUAUUUCUGGUGAAUAUAGCACGUAAAAUAAGCACGAUUAAAAUAAGUAGGAGAUUAUGCCAAAAGGUAUGUAGAAUCAUUUCUCUCAUUUAUCUGUAUAUAGCAUGAGACACCAGAUGGGUUGAGGCCUCCAGGCACUCCUGUACUAUACAUUUUUAAUAAUAAAACCUUAAAUUUUGUAGCAAUUGAGUGAUUUGAGAAGUGAAAUUUUUGUAAAAAUGCAAGCACCCUUUUGCUAUAAGUCAAUAAAGCAGAGAUCUGUCUAGUCUUCUAAA